CUAUGGCUCCUCUGCUUUCUCUCUCUCUCUCCUCUCUCUCUCUCUCUCUGCUUACUCAAAUCACCAUUUUCAAUGUUGAAAACACGACCAUAAAACGAAGUGCAAUUUUUGAGUAAAAGCACCUCUUUUAUAUAUCUCACUCAUAUCUCCCCCACGUUACAAUACUAUCCCUCUCUCUCUCUCUCUAUCUCUCUCUCUCUCUACAUAUCUCGUAUAAAAGACCAACCAUAAACCCUAUAUCAAGUAGUACUUCCAUUUACCCUCGCAUUCUCUGUCAGUUUCUCCCUCUCUCUAAACCAUGGAAGGUCUGCAUUUCCUCAAGUUCUGGAAACCAACCACCGCAUUUCCCACUCCUUUAAUUGAAGUAGAUAACGAAGAAGAUGAACAAGACGAAGAAGAAGACUCGUUCUUCGACUUGGAGCUGACUGCACCAGAUUUCGACACCAAGAAAAACGACAGCAAAAGCAGUGGUGAUAAAACGACCAAAAGCUUCCAUCUUAACGAAGAAACAAAACCUGUUAUUUACCCAAAGCCUUCUCUUUUGCUUUCUCCGAUCGAUCCGAUUCCCAAGCGGAAAAUCCUCCCUCUUGAGCCCAUCCCCAAGCCCCAGUCUCCCAUGGCUCUCCUCAAAUCCGCUCCCACAUUCCGAGUCUUCUCGUUCAAGAAAUCGAGAUCCACAGGAACGACGCAGAAAGCGGGAGAAACGGCGGCGAAAUUCAACGCCGGAGAAUCUCCGAAGCUUUCCAGAGAAACCAGCUCGAGAAGAACAGAGCGAUUCUCGAAGGACGUUAUAACGAAGUACCUGAAGCUCGUCAAGCCCCUUUACGUCAAGGUUUCGAAAAGGUACAACGGCGAGAAGAUGAAUAACUCCUCGGCGGCGGAUUUGUUCGUCGGAUUUUCGCCGUCGUCGUCUCCGGCGACGGUGGCGUCGCCGAAGGACAAGCCGGCGGGGAUUCGGAAGCAUCUGCGGAAGAGCAAGUCGUCUUCGGCGACUGCCGUGCCACAAACGACGUCGAAUCGGAGAGAUGAUUCGCUUUUGCAGCAGCAUGAUGGGAUCCAGAGCGCCAUCUUGCAUUGCAAGAGAUCAUUCAAUUCCUCCAGAGAUUCUUGUUCAUUAUCGCGAUCAACAAGUGAUUCUUCGUCCAUGAAAUCGUAUUCUACCGAUUCGUAUCGAUUAUCAAACUCUGCUAGCGAGACUUCCCACGACAAUUCUGCGAGAAAUUCCAUCGAGGAUGUUCGUGGAAUUGGCAUUUGAAACUUUCCCAGAUUAGUUUAUUUUCUUCCUACUAAAACAAACAAAGAAAAGAAAGAAAAUAGAAGAACUGUUUUUUUUUUUUCUAUAAUUAUUUUUCUUUAGUAUUUGUUGAGUGGUAAUGUAAUGGUUCGUGUUGUAAAGAGAAAGAAAAACAAGAAUCAGAGAGAAAUGGAAAGUGUUGUUAGUUAUUAUUUUUUUUCUUGGAUAUUUGUUUGUUUUUUCUUUUUUCAUAUUUUUUUUUUGCUUUUAGUCAUGAUUACCAGUGAAUACCUUGGUUCUCUCUCGUUGCUGUCUGUAAAGUGAUGGGUCAAUUAUGAGAAAAUUGAACGAGACUCGGGUACGGGAUCUUUUUGUUCUUA